AUGUUUCCCUCCUUGGUUUUCAAUUCAUUCGCUGAACUUGACUCAAAGAUGGAGGAAUUCCAGGCCAAAACGGGCUGCAUGUACGCUAAAAGACAUACCUGUCCAUGGUCGAAAGAGGAACCUGACAAACGACGAUUAGUGUACAAAAAGUUCAACUAUGAAUGUUUUCACUAUGGAUAUAGCAAGCGGGCCAUGGAUGGUCACGAAAACAAAACUCUGAAAACAGGUUGUAAGUCAGUUAUCUACGUCACUUGCCGCAAAGACCAGUUGCUCAUUGGGCGCUUCGACAUGAGGCAUAACCACCCGAUAUCGGGUUCCUCUGGAAAUGUUUACCGACGCAAUCGUCGGCUGAAUGCUGAUCAACAAGCCGCCAUCAAAGAACAUCUUAAGGCAGACCCUCAGGAGUUCAUGCUAAAGGAAUACAUACAGAAUUCUUUUCACGUUUAUAUGACAACGGCAGAAGUCCGAAAUCUCAAAAGAAAAUUACAACCUCGAAAAAUUGCAAGAGCAACCAUUGGAUCAAGUUUAAAGAAACUUCAAGAACAAGGACUUUUGGAAUUACUGGUCGACGAAGAGGGAACGUACCAGAUGAUUGCAUUUACUACACCAGAACUUAUAAAAGGGUUCCACCAAUAUCCGGAAGUAAUUCAAAUUGAGGAGGUUCGUCUCUCAAGUGAUCAUCCCUACUCCAUAUAUUGUGCAUCCAUCGUUGACCGUGAUGUGCAGACGAGAGCAGUUUUCUUCGCCUUUUUGUUCAAUAAGGGUGAGAAAAUAUUUCGGCACAUGCUGAAAGCCUUCAAAAAUUUGAUGGGUCUAAAGAUAGAUGAGCUGGAAACCGUCUUUAUUGACGUCGAUUCUGCAAAAUCGCAUAUUGUUCGACAGGAACUAUCAUGGGCCAGGCUCCUCCUACGUCAAAUACUGGUUCUCAAAGAUGUAAAAAGUCAAAUCAAUCCAGAUAUGCAAUCACUAACAACCCAAUCUCGCUCAACUUACCUAAGGUGUCUUGAAGACAUCAUAAAUACAUCUCCAGAACUAUGGGAGUAUAUCAACGACACGUGGAUACCGUGCGCAGAUCAGUGGGCUGAGCACCUACGGCUUUCACAGGUCACUUUUGGUGUGGACAAACGAAACAACUGGGGUGAAACUUCUGAGCCUCUCCAGUCCGCUUUGAAUGAGGACUCCACCAUAGAUGAUUGCGCGGAAGUCCUACUCGAUCUUGCGCUCCGGAAAGUCAGAACUCUAUCUUACUAUGAUCACAACGUUCCUGCACACUACCCUGGUCAGCCAGAGGACAUAAAGGCAAUGCUUCGGCUGAUUUCUGAACAGUCGGCCAAGUAUGUGCUUAACCAUCUUACUGCCGCACGGGCUGGAUACGUCCCACUACAGAGUUUACUAAAGGAUUCCCGUUGGCUAGUUAUUUGGCCGUCUAUGGAAGACGUGCUCCCUAAGUCACCAGUGAUGCAAGCCGGGGAUCAGGAUUGGUUUCGCGACGUCAAAUUCUCACGAACUACUGCACAGUUACAGAUUCUGCAAGACGUGGCCGCCACAUCCGAAUCUGAAAAGUUACAGAGACGUACUAAGGAAUUAGAUGCAACGGGUAACACAUGGCUGUUUGAAGAUGCAACUGAAAGACAUAGCUGUUCCGCUCUUCUUCGAAGCAACUUCAAUUAA